ACCAGUCAUGGGGCUGUCAGUGUCGAGCAGUCUUUGCAGCAAAACGCGUCAGCUGGCGUGAGUCGAUCCAGUGAAAGUCGCAUUUUCGUCCGAUCCCGUCGUCCGCCGUGUCCAGCCGCGUCCGACUGCGCGCCCAGUGCCUUGUCUGAGCCAUCGGUCGUCGCCAACCACCGUCCUCGGCCCCGAUCCGCCGACGGAGAGCGCCCAAUUUCGACCACAAGAGUGACGUCAUUUUGAAAAACAGCACAUUGCUCUGCGCUCUCUCGUGUGUGAGUGACUUUUGUGAAUUUACUUGGUUGUGAAGAAAGAGAGGAAGAAAGUGUCCGAUUCGGGACAAUGGCCGCGCCGUCGAGCAGUGCCCUCAGGACCCUGGCCCUUGAGUACAAGAGUCUGCAGGAGGAGCCCGUGGAGGGCUUCAGGGUCAAGCUGGUCAAUGACGACCUGUGCACCUGGGAGGUUGCCAUCUUCGGACCACCCGAGACCCUCUACCAGGGUGGAUAUUUUAAGGCCCACAUGCGCUUCCCACAAGACUACCCCUACUCUCCCCCAAGCAUUAGGUUUCUAAGCAAAGUUUGGCAUCCAAACGUCUAUGAGAAUGGCGAUCUUUGUAUAUCAAUUCUGCACCCUCCUGUUGACGAUCCUCAGAGCGGAGAAAUGCCUUGCGAAAGAUGGAACCCCACACAGAACGUUAGAACCAUUCUGCUCUCAGUGAUUUCAUUGCUGAACGAACCAAACACAUACAGUCCAGCCAAUGUCGAUGCCUCGGUCAUGUACCGCCGCUGGAAAACUUCGGAUGGCAAAGACAAAGAGUACAAGAACAUAAUAAGGAAACAAGUUGCUGCCACAAAAGCGGAGGCGGAGAAGGAUGGUGUAGUGGUGCCUACCACGCUGGAGGACUACUGCAUCAAGACGCAAGUGAAGCCGCCGCAAGAGAGCGCCGUCGACAUGACCGACUUCUAUGACGACGAUUACGACAUGGACGACGAUGAUGGCGACAUGUCGGACAACGGGGACGACUACGAAGAUGACGACGACAGCGGCAACGGCGAGUCAUGAUCAACGACUUAUGAAGAACUGAACGCGCACCCUUGUACAUAAACAGUUACCCCCGCCCUCAGCCCCAUCAAGAAGAUGAACCAACCAGAUACACAACAAACAGGAUGAUAAUAAUAAUUAAAAUGAGAAGAUGAUUUAAGAAGGAACAUGAAUUUGGUGUAUGCGCGCCUUUUAAUUUUCAAAUUUGAGUUCUAGAAAAAAAAUGCCACAGACUAAUUGUGCGCCAAAACUGCCUCUGGUUAUUUUUAACUUUUGCAUUGUUAGAUAUUUUUGCUUUUCCUGAUUCACCGAAAUAAAUCAAUUUGUGGCUUUUUUAUUUUUAAUAACAUAAGCGAGUUGGAGCUGGCACAAACUGCUGGUUGUGAAUCAUAUUUUUCUCCGCUUGUGCAGCCAGCGAGCCUCGCCGUAAUAUAUCAGCCGCUUAUACCUUGACUUUCAUAAUAUUACUUUGUGAGAAUAUUUUUUUUUCAGCAUGCGUACUUUAUAAUUUUUGUUUGAUGGUGUAUUACGAGAAUAAGGAAAUAUGUGAGAUCUCAUGAUAAAUAGCUCAUAAACUAAUUACUUACAAGAGACAAGUUAUAUAAUUUUAAAUCGAGCGCGCUCUUUUUCUUUCCUUGUGUAAAGUGUAAGCAGUAAUUAUUUGAGAUCAAUCAACAUGCGAAAAUUAUCCUCCUAUGCUUUUUUUGUGCUGGAGUUUUCUUUUUCAGGGAAACUCCUUUUUUGAGAGAAAUAAAUGCGUGAGAUUAUAUAAUUAUUAUCAAAUAGUUUGUAAAUGGAAGAGUGUAUGUUUAAAAUUGACGAUCAUCCAAACAGGUGCUGCAGCCACCAACAGAGAUUGUGGUCCAACCAGUUAAAAAGAAGCACAAAAUCGAAUUCUCCUCCAACAGCAUGUACGAAUUUCUGUGUUUUAAUUAGAUGUAAACGAUGGUGGUCGAGUGUAAAUAAAAGUAAUAUUCAUUUGUAGGUGGUAAAAUUCAUCACUGUAUUUUAUACCUCUAAUGACUAUUGUGGUCGGAUAAUGCUGAUGGACUCUUCAUUUACACGAGUGUUAAUAUUUUAUUUUGUAAUUUGAUUGAGCGAAUCAAUUUAUGCGUUAAGCAGAUUCAAGAACAAUCGUGUUUCGUCGGCACCAUUUGCUUUGCAAUCCUUAAGUUUAUCAGAACUGAUGAUGAUCGUUUUGCGUUAUUAUUAAGAAUAUGACUUCUGCUUCACUUGUCCUGUUUAUUUUCAUGGUCGUCGUGAUUAUUGAAUGUUACUUUUGCUAAAGUUAUGUAGCUAUUUUCAAGCAUGAAAUAAAUUGGUGGGUGUAGAAUAAUAA